AAAACCACAGCGAGAGAGAUGACUCGGGUGCGGCGGUCGGUGAGCAGUGCAUUGUGGGGGAUGUGUGCGGGUGACUCCAUGUCCAUGCCGGUCCACUGGUACUACGACGUGGACGAUAUCAGGAGGGACUUCGGAGGCUGGAUCGCCGGCUUCACGUCCCCCAGAGACCGGCACCCGUCCAGCAUCCUCAGCCUCUCCAACACCGCCGGUAGCGGUCGGACCGCCUGGUCCUCCGGCGCCAAGCGACCCGAUGUGGUCGGUAACGUGAUCCUCCAUGACAAACUGGACCUGUGGAAGACCUCCAAAGGCUCGGUCCACUACCAUCAAGGUCUUCAGUCCGGGGACAACACCCUUAACGUCCUUUGUUCCCUCCGAGUCGCCCGCUCACUUGUCGACGGACGUUUCGUUGACGUCUCUCAGCCAGACGCCAGAGCCACCGUCCUGUCGGACUACGUCCACUUCCUGACGACGCCCAGCUCGCACCGCGACACCUACGCCGAGUCCUCCCACCGCUCCUUCUUCUCCAGCUGGCAGGACAGCAGGCCGACCUCACCCCGUCAGGUUCUGGCAUUUGCAGAAAAACGCAGCCGGCAAAAGUUGAGCUCCUCGUUUCCAGACAGCCAGCUGGACGCCAUCGGCUGCCUUCCCAUGAUCCUCCCCUUCAUCCUGCUGUCCGCCUCGGCCAAUGAGGAGCAAGCUGUCUCAGCAGCCGUGGAGUUCGUAAAGCUCACCCAUCCCCACCCGAAGGUGCCAGAGUACGUGUCGAUCUACGGCCGGGCGCUGCACGCCGUUCUGGGCGGAGCCAGCGUCCGGCAGCAGGCAGAGCGCGCUCUGAAGAAGCUGGACGCCUGGGAGGACUGCCGCAGCUACGGACGCAAGGCGGCCAGGUUCCCUUGGGGUUCUGACGAGCAGCUGAAGGUCCACCAGAGCGCCGUGAACUACCUGGGCCUGGCCUGCUACACGAAAGGAGCUCUGUCCAGCUUGUUCUAUCUGGCUCACGAGUUCCACGACGACGUCGGUGGAGGAAUCCUGACCAACACCAACUGUGGAGGUGAGAACUGUAACCGCGGGGCGGCGCUGGGGGCCCUGCUGGGGGCCGGGGGGGCCAUCCCACCGGAGUGGAGGGACCAGCUGAGAGACGCCCAGGAGUUCAUCCCCGACAUCCUGAAGGACAUGGAGUGACCAGAUUACCAAAAUAAAAGUCUUUAUUUAAUUUAUUAUUUUAAUUUGAAAA